AUGGCAGGUACUGCGUCGCAACUGAGUUACGUGCAGAUAAGUAGACAGCAGUUUUCUGGGUGCGUUGCAGGAAAGUACAGCGGGGUGCAUCCUGAGUCCGCCUCAGUGCGGGCGACGACUCCCUUCGAAGGACAAAAGCCGGGGACUUCUGGACUUCGUAAGAAGACUCGCGAGUUCAUGCAGCCCGGGUACCUCUCCAACUACGUACAGGCUGUGUUUGACUGCCUCCCGGAGUCUGAGGUGAGGGGGGGCACCAUGCUGGUGGCAGGGGACGGUCGCUAUUUCUGCGAAGCUGCCAUCAAAAAGAUUGUCUCCAUUGCAGCAGGAAACGGAGUUGGCAGGGUUUGGAUUGCGAAGGACGGGCUGGCCACCACUCCUGCCUGCAGUGCCAUUUUGCGGCUACGAGAAAAAAGCGUUGCCUUUGGUGGCUUCAUCCUCACGGCUUCCCACAACCCCGGCGGGAUCGACGCUGACUUUGGAGUGAAGUACAACACUGGAAAUGGAGCCCCCGCGCUGGAGAGCUUGACCAAUAUGAUUUAUGAAAGGACAAAGACCGUUCAAGAGAUAAAGCACGUAAAGCUGCUGGACUUUGACCUGGACACCUACGGGAUAAAGGUGCUCAUUAAGGAUCAGUUUAUUGCUGAGGUCAUUGACGGUACUGAGGACUGGCUGCAUCUCAUGAAGGCAGUUUUCCACUUCCCAUCAAUCCGGCGUUUGAUCCAGUCUCCCUCCUUCUCCUUCGUCUUCGAUGGGAUGCACGGCGUAGCGGGGCCCACUGCUGAAAGGCUCUUUGUGCAGGAACUGGGAGCAGAUUCAAUGAGCCUACGGGCCUGUAAUCCCCUCCCCGACUUUGGGGGUCACCACCCCGACCCAAAUUUGGUAUACGCAAAGGAAUUGGUGGACAUGAUGAAGUUUUUUAAUCCGGAGCAAGUAGAUAGCAACACGCCACUCUUUGGUGCUGCGGCGGACGGAGAUUGUGAUAGGAAUAUGAUCCUAGGCCGCGGCUUCUUUGUAACCCCCAGUGACUCCGUGGCUAUCAUUGCUCAAUACGCGGAGAAGGUCAUUCCUUUUUUCAUGAAGAACAAAGACGGGACUGGCGGUCUCAAAGGAUUGGCGAGGUCCAUGCCGACAUCUAUGGCCUUGGACAGCGUUGCUAAAAAGCUCGGCAAGGACGUCUACGAAACUCCCACCGGGUGGAAGUACUUCACAAAUCUAAUGGAUGCAGGCCGUCUGUCCAUCUGUGGAGAGGAGUCAUUUGGCACAGGGUCUAUGCACGUGAGGGAAAAGGACGGUUUAUGGGCCGUUCUGUGUUGGCUUUCUAUCCUUGCGUACCGCAAUGGGCUAAUGGAUAAUGUGGAGGAGGAGCUGGAAAUGCAGAAACGGGGCGAGACACCUGCGAUUCCUUCACCAGAGAAGAUUGAAAACUUUGUCGGAGUGCAGCAGAUCGUGGAGGAGUUCUGGAAAGAUUUUGGAAGAAACUACUACAUGAGAUACGAUUAUGAAAACAAAAGUAGCAGCUCUGCAAGUCAAAUGAUGUCGAUGCUGAAGUCUUUGACUUCUGCGUCUCAAGAAGAUUUGAAGAAGCACAUUAAGGCCACAGUCCCCAAGGAGCUGAGGGGAAAGCUCCAAGCCGAAAAGAUUGAUGUGUUUAAAUACACUGAUCCUAUUGAUGGAUCCGUUGCUGAUGACCAAGGAAUUAGAUUGUAUUUCCCCAAAGGCAGAGCGAUUUGGAGGCUUUCAGGCACCGGCAGUAGCGGCGCGACUAUUCGAAUGUAUUUUGAGCUGGUGGAGGAUCGUCCUGACUACCUUCUCAAGAAUCCAAAGGAUAUACUGGCUGAUUUGAUUGCAUAUGCCAUUGCGUUCUGCAAAAUAAAAGAAUAUGUCGGCACCGACAUCCCCACUGUUAUUACCUAA